CUGCCGCAGUGGUUUCGCGUCGCCGACAACAGUGCGCGUGCGCAGUAUCAUUCCACACAACUGCACGAACCAAACAUGGCGGCGGCCGUCGACAGUGUUGUUAAAGUUCUGGGGGAGCAGUGUUAUCGAGAUGCCAUGGAGCAAUGUCACAGCUACAAUGCCAGACUGUGCGCUGAGCGCAGCAUCCUCAUGCCCUUCCUGGACUCACAGACCGGUGUGGCUCAGUCCAACUGCUACAUCUGGAUGGAGAAGAGACACCGGAGCGCAGGUGUUGCUCCAGGUCAACUGUACACGUAUCCAGCUCGUCGCUGGAGGAAGAAACGGCGCUCUCAUCCCCCCGAGGACCCCCGAUUGGCCUUCCCUCCUCUCAAAGCAGCAGAUUUGGAAUUGGGCCUGAAGCGUGAUGCCUUGGGGGCGGUGGAUGGGAGCAGUCUGGAGGCUCUGCUGAAAGGUGAGCCCCUCGACAGGAGGAGUGGUGUGACAGACGUCCGUGGUCCCGAGGAUGAUCCAGCCACCGUGGACGCCCCUGCUAGCUCUACGACAACUCACACAUCCUCCGGACGUGUCCGCAAGAGAGUCCUUGACCACGAUGACUAUUUGGACGACUUAGAUGAUGAAGACUUUGAGGAUGAGACCCCCAAGAGGAAAGGCAAGAGCAAAUCCAAGGGGCGCAGUGACAAGAACGGCAAGAAGAAAAGUGAGGCUGCGGCUGCAGCUCUGGAGGAAAGAGACAAACCUUACGCCUGUGACAUCUGUGGGAAACGCUACAAGAACCGCCCAGGCCUGAGCUACCACUAUACACACUCUCACCUGGCGGAGGAGGAGGGCGAGGACCGCGAGGAGAUCGAGGCACCACCCACUCCUCGCCAGCCUGAGGAACAGAAGACAACGAAAAAGGGUCCAAAUGGUCUAGCUCUGCCUAACGAUUAUUGCGACUUCUGUCUGGGAGACUCCACCUUGAACCAGAAGACUGGCCAAUCAGAGGAGCUUGUGUCCUGCUCAGACUGUGGACGUUCGGGCCACCCAACAUGUCUCCAGUUCACGCCCGUAAUGAUGGCCGCAGUGAAGACCUACCGCUGGCAGUGCAUCGAGUGCAAGUGCUGCAAUGUUUGUGGCACGUCGGAGAAUGAUGACCAGCUGCUGUUCUGUGACGACUGUGACCGAGGCUACCACAUGUACUGCCUUAGUCCCCCCAUGACGGAACCACCCGAAGGGAGCUGGAGCUGCCACCUGUGCUUGGCCCUGCUCAAGGAAAAAGCCUCCAUCUACCAGCAGAACCAGAGCUCCGCCUCCGAGUGACAUGGGAGGAGUUAGUUGGUCUCACCCCCUCUUUCACAUGACCACUGUUUGAGCAAAGCAACACAUCAGAACGCCCACUUCUUUCCAAAUGUAGCUCAACCGCCCCACGGGUCGGCAGCAAGAGUCGGAGGGGGCAGGAUGCCAAAACAGACCUCAUAUCAGUUGACAUGUGGCUGAAGCGUAGCUGUCUUAACACAUUCAUCUGCACACAUCUGUCCUGGACUGCUGCUACACACCAGAAACACAAGACGAGAAAGAGAGAGUGAGAGCAUGGGGUAACCAUAGCAACAGCCGUCUCCAUGGGUGCUCCUGGGAGCAAACAGAGUGGCACAUCUGCACUGCAGAGUGUUUUGUUUUCCUCCAAAUGAUCUAUUUUUACUCGCAGGAUGUGGAGGGGGCAGAACACUCCACAAACCGUAUGUUGCUGCAGAAUUAUUCCAUUAGUGUUGUUAUUGUUCUGGUUACUAGUGGACUUUUGUAGUGACAUUUGUCCGUGAACAUUGUCAGAUCUUUUGGAGCAUCCCCUCCCCCCAUUGAAAGGUUUUCACGUCGGGCCACAUAGCUCAUUAUGUUGCUGGAUGGAUUCAAAAAUUCAACCAAACACUGUCAAAUGUCAUACUGUAGACUGGGUUCAAAAGAAGGAACAUUAUAUCAUAGCUUACUAUCAUUUUUCUAUUGGUAUUUAUCCACCAAAAGGUGCUCAUCGUCUUAUUUUUUAAAGUCUUUAACUGGCUGCUUGUCACAUUUCCAUAUCAUUGCUUGGUGUUAGUUCACUAUUAAGCUUGUUAACACAGCCACAUUCAUUUCAGAGAUGUUGUAGAGACCACUCACGGUGACAUCAUUGUCAGCAGCAACCCAGUGAAUGCACUCGCCUAAAUAUUGUCUUUUGUUUUUAUUAUUAAAUACAUAUAUAUUACAAAAUAUGCCAUUGGUAUUGGGAGAAUUUUCUAGUGGUUUUGUAAAGUGUGUGGUGAACACUUUCACGUAUACGCUUCAACAUUCUAUGUACUGUGUUGCCUUGUUUGUAUUUCUGUUAUGCCUGUGACCUUUGGAUUCAUUUGACUCAUUGGAUAUGUCAGGCCUCCAUUCUCCAUAUUUUUAAAAUGAUGUACUUUGUUGUACUAUUUUUUACAUUUAUUCGGUGACAGCGCCGACAAGCCUGACUGAAAUAAAAAUGGUGUAUUUCCUUGAGAAAUUCCACUACUUUCGCUCA